UAUGAUGAGGCCGGGCCGAAUCUGAGGCUAACUUCACAUUGUUACUUGUUUGUGUUGUGAAAUUGUAAAAAAAUGUUUAAAAAUGUACUGAGAAAAACGGCGAUCCAACGUUUUUACAACGUUAUCUUGCGGUUUUUUCGUUAUUAAAAUCUGCAUGUUGAAUACAUACCAUGGCUUUGUUGAAAUCUGACAGCAGCAAGGAAUUACAAAUCGUUGACGAGUCUGGCCCAAAAACUACGAAGGAACAUAAAAAUGAUAAAAUACUCGAUGAAGACUUGUAUAUAAAGUCGAUCGAGAAUAUUAUCGAGAGGGAUUUCUUUCCCAAAGUCACGAAACUAAAAGCUCAAAAUCGGUACCUUGAUGCGGUGAAAAGGGACGAUGUCGAAACACUACGAGCGUUGUCCUCACAAUAUAACAUCCUUCUCACUCCAGCUGGUGCCCCUCCGCCGACACCAGCAAGCUUUGAAAGACCACCAACCGGAAAACAUUGGGAACCGACCGAUGAACAUCCUGGUAGUACGCCAGGUUCAACCUGGGACAUGAAUGAAGGAAAACAAUUUGAACAACAUGACAAAGACCAAACAUCCAAAAACAUUUCCCUUGAUAAAUUUCUCGCCAAGCACACAAGCGAGGAUAAUGCAUCGUUUGAGAAGAUUAUGGAAAAUACGCUGCAAAAGAACAAAGAGAAGCACGCCUGGCUUUAUGAGAAGGAAAAAGAACAUGCUCUGCUAGCACAACAGAGGCUUGCUCUCCCUGAGGGAAAGGAAGGCGACCAACUAAAGCUGGCUGAAAGGCCAGCAAAUCUUGAAAAUUGGGAGUACACUAAUAAAAAUGCUCUAAUGUACAUUCCUGAGUGUUCAACCUUGACUGCUGAGGAGUCCAUAGCCAGGGAGAAAUUGCAAGAACGAGAGAUUAGACACAGUAACACAAGAUUGACUGAGGAUAUUUUUAAGGAAAAGGCAACCGACGACUCGAUGAGUAAAGCUGCGGAAAGUCAAGCUAUGGGACAAAAAGGGAAAAUUGGAGUGGAUGGUAAAGAAAUUGGUGGAAGUGAAACACCAAAUGUGAAAGGUUUUCGAUUUGUGGCUACCCCAUCUCCUGCCCCAGGUGUAGAUGCAUCUCCAUUGAUGACGUGGGGAACCAUCGAAGGAACUCCAUUCCGAUUGGAUGCGGGCGAUGUUGCCGUAGAUUCAACCCCAGGUCCCACGUUUAAGAUCCCUGCACCGAAACAGCGAGAGGUGCUGGCAUUGAAGUUGGCAGAUAAAGCAAGUAAAAGGCAUCGCGAGGAGAGACGACAGGCACUUGCAGCAUCAGCCUUUGGGAAAUCACCACGAAAUAAAAAUACUUCGGAAAGACUAAGCAAUAUGUCCCCAGCUGCCCAAAGGUUGGCCUCUGAGAGACUAGGUAUUAGACUCGGAACCGACAAAGCAUUGAGGUCAAGUUACUCACCUUCACCUCGACGUAUCUCACAGGCAACACCAGACAGAUCGCAAACACCAUCAUCGCGAAGGACACCAUAUAUCACACCUGAGGCAAACAAUACACCAAGAACACCAUCGCUGACAGAUAAUUUACUAAAUCUACCAAAACAUUGAUUGAUGUAUUAUACAACAUAAGUCUUAUAACUCCAGGCACCACUCCAAUCAUUAGGCAAAAACUAAUACAUUUAUUGUAUUUUCCUGCGGUUUCAUGUGUCCUAAAGCAAACUGAAGCAGUAUUGAGUAAAGUAGAAAUUUGCAUUCCAUCCUCAUAACAAAAUUUUG